AAUUUUUUUCAAAUUUAGCCUUAAUUUUUUAAAAAUGACUGAUUCUUCUACAGAAAAUUCUACUAGCAAUAUUGAAUGUAGUCGACUUUUUGUCAAAAAUUUGUCUGGAGGGGGAAAGAAAAAAGGUUGGAAUGAACAAAAAUUGCGUCAAUUAUUUGAAAAAUUUGGAGCUAUUACUGACAUUAAAUUGAAAAUAAAUGAUAAAAGUGGAGCUAUAAAAUUUGCAUUUGUUGGGUUUGAGAAUUCUUCAAGUUGCCAAACUGCUUUUGAAAAAUUAAAUGGAACGUUUUUGAGGGGAAAGAAGCUGGAGAUUGAUUUAUGCAAACCACUCCCUGAGGAACGAAAACAAUUAACAAGAGAAUUUACUUUACGUAAAAUAAGGAAACAAUGUGAUGGACAAAGUAAUGAAGAAGAAAAUUCAAAAGAAGAAUCUUCCGUUGAUAAAUUAAUUGAAGAAAAAAUUAUGGACACUGGACGUCUGUUUUUGAGAAAUUUACCUUUUUCUUGUACUGAAGAAAAAUUAAAGGAUUUACUUGAACCUUUUGGAACUUUGGCAGAAAUUAAUUUAAUUAUAACUAGAGAAGGGCAAUGCAAGGGAUAUGCGCUAUGUUCUUUUAUGUUUCCUGAACACGCAUUGGAGGCUUGGAAAAAAUUGGAUGGGCAAAUUUUUAUGGGAAGAGUACUUCAUAUAAUUGCUGGUGAAGAAAAUACCAAAAAACCAAUUCAACUUGGCGAGAAAACGUUGUCAAAAUUCCAGACAGAAAGGGAAAGUAACCGAAGAGGAGAAAAUGCUGAAAAAUUAAAACAGACUUGGAAUUCGUUGUUUUUGGGAACAAAUGCUGUAGCUGAUUUAUUGGCUGAAGAUUACCAAGUGACAAAGAGGGAAUUGUUGUUAGAGGAGAAAGGAGAGAAUAGUGCUGCUGUUCGUCUAGCAAUGGCUGAAACUCGUUUGGUUCGCGAAACAAAAAAAUUUCUGUUAGAUCAUGGAGUUAAAUUGGAUGUAUUCUCAAAUCCUAAUUCAACUGCAAAACGUUCAAAAACAGUUAUUUUGGUUAAAAAUUUAAAUGGGAAACCUGGAGGAAGUGAGGAAUUGAACAAAAUAUUUUCACGUUUUGGAGCAAUCAAAAAUGUUGUAAUGCCCCCAGAUCACGGAAUUAGUGCAUUAGUUGAAAUGUCAAAUGAAUUGGAUGCUAAAAAAGCUUUUGAAACUUUGUCUUAUUCAAAACGUUUUUCAAUAACCGAUGGAAGGCCUUUAUAUUUGGAGUGGGCGCCUAUUGAUGUUUUUGAUGAAAAUCACAAAUCGAGACAAGAAGGUAAUGUUUUGACAAAAAUAUCUGUUGAUUCGGAAAAUAACGAAGAAAAUGAGGAAGAAUCCACAUCAACAACUAACCAAAAGAAAGAUGAAGAAGAAAAGGAAAGAACAAAAAUUCUAGUUCGUAAUGUUCCCUUCCAGGCUAACCCAAAAGAAAUUUCUCAAUUAUUCUCUGCUUUUGGUGAACUUAAAUUUGUUAGGAUACCUAAAAAGCCUGGCGGUGAAGGACGAGGUUUUUGUUUUGUUGAAUUUAUUUCCCCCGCUGAUGCUAAAAGAGCAAUGGAAACAUUAAUGCAUUCAACACACUUGUAUGGAAGAAGAUUAGUUUUAGAAUGGGCAAAAAUGGAAGAAAAUGUUGAGGAAUUGAGAGAGAAGGUUAAAAGAAAAAAUUUAUUAUUAAUUAAAGGUAAAAGAAAUAAAAGGGAAAAAAUGAGAUCUUUCGAAAAUUGA